AUGGCACCUACGGAAAAGAUGGCAACAUCUGGAAAGACAAAGUCAUAUUCCCAACCGAUCUUGAAAAGGGUUAAGGGCGAGAACCUCUACUGUGAUGCAAAGGCCGCUGCCCGCCUGAAGAUCCACUCACAUAUCAUCGAGACAGAACCUUUUCAAGACAUGUUUUGGGCUAAAGCACAGUGCAAGAAGGCAAGGAUUGGCAUGGGCACUUUCGAAGAGUUAAGCAAGCUCAGUGCGGCUGCGGCAGAGAAGGCAGAGGCAGCUGGUAAUGCAGUCGAGGAAUCUGCAGCAUCUGCUGACUUCCAAAUACAUGCUGAUGUGGUUGAGCCAAUCUACACCGCCAAGGGUACUUCACACCACAUAUAUGGUGAGCGCUACAAGGUUAUUGAUUCCUCUGAUGUAAUUUUGCACAUACUUGACACUCGGGAUCCGAUGGGGAUGCUGUGCAAGUCUGUCCUGGUAUACAUCAGGGGAGAGAAGGUGCACAAGCAGGUCGUGCUGGUCAUCAACAAAUGUGAACUAGUGUCAAAUUGGGUGACUCUUCUGCACCAAUUUUCGCAAUUACAUUCUGACAAGAAGCAGAUAUCCAUGGGCUUCAUUGGAUCUCCGAAUUUGGGCAAGAGCAGCAUUAUCAACACGCUUAAAAGCAGAAAGGUCCGCACUGUCGCACCUCGCAUAUAUCUCAUUGACUGUCCCGGUAUCGUCCUGACCUCUGUGAAAGACUUCUCAAUCUCCAUCGUCCUAAAGGGCGUCGUCCGCAUCGAGGUGCUCACUACUCCGUCCAAGCGCAUACCCACUCUCAUGGAACGUGUCAAGCCAAUCUGCCUUUCCAGAAUGUACCUCUCCGAACUGUUGGACCCCUCAAAGGGCUGGGCAUCUGAGGCAUUCAUGGACAAGUUGGCGCAGAUGAAGGGCCGACUGCUGAAAAAAGGAGAGCCAGACAUGGAGGCAGUGGUGAAGAUCCUGUUGAGUGACUGGUGGCUGGAGGAGCUGAACGAGAAGGAGGAGAAGGCAUGGAAGAGGGCUGAGAAAACGGGCGCAGUGGAUGCAAAGGGGAAGGUCAAGCAGCACUUGGGAUCGAUCAUGCAGAAAAAUAUGUUUGUUGGGGAGGAUGAUCACGCUGAGGCUGAAGAAGAGGAUGCGGAGCAGAGCGAGGAUGAUGCAGUUGAAGGAGAAGAUGCAUCUGAAUCAGAACAAAAUGCCGAGUUUGAGUCAGAACAGCAACCCAAGAAGGAGACUCGCAUGAAAAUGAACAAGCGCAAGUCAACAAACUUCUACUCAAUGGCAAACGUGAAGAACAAGAAUCGUGAGAAGGCUCUGCUCAUGAAGUCCUUACGUGCUGGAGGCAAGGAUGGUUGCAAAGGUCAUAAAAAGACCUGA